AUGCAAUCACAAUCAUCAAAUAACUUGGCCUACUCUAAUGUGCAAAAUAAAACUAUAUUAAAUCAGAUUCAGAGCAGUAAAUCACUAAACAAACUGCCAAGUAAUAAAGAAGUAUCUCCUCUUCCAAUUAAGUAACAGACACUACCAUCUGCAACUAAUGGUAAUAAUAAUGGUAAUCGUACUCCCAGUAACCAGCAGUAAGCUAAUAAUAAACAAUCUUUAACAAAUGCUCCAACUGAUUUCGGCAGUAUUAUCUAGCAAAGUAACGUAAUUACUCAUGUAAAUGUUGACACUGAAAAAAAACUUAGAAAACUUCAAGAACUCGCUUAAAAUGACAAAGAGAUGAUAGAGCUGUAAAGAAAAACAGUUUAUAUCUAAAAGCUUGAAAUACAGUCAUUACAACAAAAAUAUGAGGCGCUGAAGAGAAAUUUUGAAGCAAUAUCAACACAAAGUAUGAAUGAAAGAUAAUCAAAUGACCAAGCUAUGAAGAGAAUAUAAGAUUUGGAAAAAGAUAAAGAGAGACUUAAUCUUUAGCUUAAGGAUCUUUAGAAUAAAUUCAACAUGCUUUAAAUAGGUCCAGAAUUCGAUAACAAAAAAGACAUGGAGAUUAAGGAAUUGAAAGACAUGAAUGAAAUGAAAAAGGAAGAAAUUUAUUCAUUAAAGAAGGAGGUUAUUUAGAAGCAGAAAAAAAUAGCUGAAGUAGAAGUUCGUUUCGAUUAGCUAUUCAGAGAAAAAGACAAAGAAGUAGAAUAGGGCAAGAGUGAUUUAGUGGCAUCACAGGAUUUAAUAAAAGAGUAAAACCAUGAAUUAAAAACAAAGGAUAAGAACAUCUAGAGUCUUGAGUAACAGGUUUCAUAACUUAAUAGGAUCUUAGACGAAAAAACAGAGGCUAAUUUAACAAUGUCCGAGGUCAUUAAGCGUGUGAAGAAUGAAUUGACUUCUGAAUAUGAACCAAUGAUUAAGUAAGCAAAAGAGGAAAGCAAUGCAAAGGACUUGUUCUGGCAAAGGGAAAUAGACAAAAAAAUGUAAAAGUAAGAUGAGGAGAAGUUUUUAGUCUCAUAAUAGGUAAGGAGGUUAGAAUUAUAAAUAGAGGAUUGGAAGAACAAGUUAGAAGAUAAGCAGAAGGAAUGCCAAAAUUACCUUUAAAAAUUGGAUGAAAAAAGAGAUUUAUAUAAUGAGCUAAUGUAGAGGAAAGAAGAAAUGGAGCUUAAUAAAAACAAUAUAAUUGAUGAUUUGGAGAAGAUAAGUUUUGUGAAAGAUCAGGAGAUCUAGGAAUGUAAGAAUGAAAUAAGCAUUUUGCAUAAAAGUCUAUUGGACAAGCAGAGGGAGCUAGAGUCUGAAAAAUAGUCUUACAAAGAGAAAAUAUUGAUACUUGAGAAAUAAAAUGAAAUAUUAAGUGACAUGCUAAUGAAGAGAGAAGGAGAGAUAAAAAACCUGUAGAAUGUCAAGAAUUCAAGUUCUAAAAUGCAAAGUCAAGAAGACUUGGAGCGAAAAAAUGUAAUGCUUCGAGAGGAAUUAGGUGAGAAGAAUAACUAGAUCAGGUAGCUCUAGCUCAACCUCUAAAUUGCUAAGGGAGAUAUAUAAAAUAACAUGAAAGUGAUAGAGGAAUUGCAGAAUAAAAUACAGAAUGAACUGGAGAAUUAGUCCUAUUUGAACAAUAUGUAACUAAAGGAUUUGAGGCGCAACUAUGUCAAUGAUAUGUCUAGUCUGAAGAAGAUACUAGAUAAAAUAGAAAUACAUAUAAGUUGCUUGAGUUGUGCUAAGGUUUACUAAGAUUGUCUAAUGCUAGUGUGUGGACAUUGCAUUUGCCAUGAUUGUAUUAGCAAGCAUUCAGAUCCAAAGUCUAAGGAUUCAAUUGUAUUUUGUGAGGAGUGCAAGAUUGAGACUAAAAACAGGUAUUUAGUUAAGUCUCUGUCGUUUAAGAAUAUAAAUGCUAACUUUAUUACUGGCAAGCAGAUGAUUGAAACAAUGAUCAACAAUGCUUGA